AUGCAUUCAUACUUUAACAACAAUUCUUCUCAUAAUAAUAUUUCUGACGAUAUUUUUAAACUUAUGAUGGAAGGAAAUGAUUUAACAAAUAAUAUUAAUUUCCAAAGUAUCGAAAAUUCCUCAAUGUCAAUUGAUGAUUUCUUCUCUAAUAUUACUACAUCCACACAUGAUAAUUAUUAUGUUGGAAGUAACUUUGGUAGCAGCGAUAAUAGCAGCAGCAGCUGUAGUAAUGAUACAACUGCAAACAAUUCAGCUCAAACUACUCCUGUAAUCUCGCAAGAUACAAAUCCGUUACUCUCGUUUUCACCUUUACAACAACAACAACUUACAAUCAGUCCAAUGGUUUCUGAAAGUUGGAAAAAAGAGCCGGCUAACGUUAAAGCUGAAUACAAAAAAUUAGCUGAUGUUGCUAAACAGCGUUAUAAAAUAAUUUGGCCCGCAAAAAAUCAACAACAAAAACAAAAUGACGCAAAUUCUUUGGAUUUAAAUGAAUGGAUUAAUUUUGGCCAAUCUUCGUCUUCACAUUCAUCAACAAUUCCUACAAUUGAUCAGUCGCCAAUUAUCAAUAUUGCUAGUAAUCUUGAUGAUAAUCCAAUUAUAAAUAACACAAGCACUUUUCCUAAUAUUCUCGCCAACAAUUAUAAUGAGACGUUAACAUCGCCAAAUACGUCAACGUCAUCAAAUGAAUUAACGUCAUCAAAUGAAUUGACGUCAUCAAAUCCAUCGACGUCAUCAACAUCGAUAAUACGCAGUAUGCCAGAACCUACGGAUCGUGAAGGUUCACUAUUAGCAUAUCAUCAACUAAUGAUAAACUGGCAUAAAGAAUUACGUCGCCAUCCGUAUCGUACAAUUUCUGAAGCAAUGAAUGUAUCUAUUUUUACCUUUCAUAUUGUUUAA